CCUCCUGUCCUUUGUCCAAAGCUCUGACUAAACCCUAGCUAAACCUCGAACUAUUUACACCGAAAUUCAGAAUUUCACACUUUCACUACCUUCUCGAGAUGGAGAUAGACAGAGCUGAUGGUCGAACGGCGAACCAGCUUAGGCCGCUGGCUUGCUCCCGCGGCGUCCUCAACCGUGCCCAUGGCUCCGCCAGCUGGUCCCAAGGAGAUACAAAAGUUCUGGCCGCAGUUUAUGGACCCAAAGCCGGGACAAAGAAGAACGAAAAUCCUGAAAAGGCUUGCAUUGAGGUCAUCUGGAAGCCCAAAACGGGGCAGAUUGGGAAACAUGAGAAGGAGUGUGAGAUGAUAGUGAAGAGGACUUUGCAAAGCAUUUGCCUUUUGACGGUUCAUCCAAAUACUACAACAUCUGUAAUAAUUCAGGUUGUCAAUGAUGAUGGUGCUCUUCUUCCCUGCGCAAUAAAUGCAGCAUGUGCUGCUCUUGUAGAUGCUGGAAUUCCUUUGAAGCACCUUGCUGUUGCAAUUUGUUGCUGCUUGGCAGAGAGUAAAUACGUUCUGUUAGACCCUGACAAGUUAGAAGAGCAGAAAAUGAAAGCAUUUGUAUAUCUCGUUUUCCCAAACUCUCCGCAUUCGGCCCUCCCGAAAGAAUCAUUACAGGUGGGAGGUGAACCUAUGGAAUCCGGGAUUAUAACAUCUGUUACGCACGGCAAAUUGGAAGUCGAUGAUUACCUCCUGUGUCUGAAUCGAGGGCGUGCUGCCAGCGCCAAGUUAUCCGAGUAUCUGAGAAGAAGCUUGCAGUCCCAGUUGACAAGUGAACCUUCUAAUUUCUAAUGCUGGUGGACUUGACAGAUAGAUAAUGGAAUCUCAACGACUGUAAGAAUUUGUUGGAUUCCAUUUCUUAACUGCUGCUUGCUGACAAAUGCUUAGCAGAAUGGAUGUGUUGCAUAAUAUAAUACCAGAAAUGAUGUGUAGAAGGUUAUUGGGUAGGUUCAUUGUCGGGUGGUCUCAUCCCAUUCGUAUAAUCUUGUUGUUACAUCAUGUUCAGAACACACUUGCAUUAGUCUUAAAUUUUCAUUUGUUCAUAAUUAGAAUAUUUAUUUGUUUUUGGUUUACUUAAAUGUGUAUGGGUCUUAAACAUGUUGAUAUUUACAUGUUAAUGACACCAAAAGAAAGUAACAUUUUUGCUUAAGUAACUUGUUUAAACUCAUUUGUAUCCAUCCAACAUUGAAGGUUUAAUGAGUAGGUUAUAGUUUUGAUUUUUCAAA